ACCCGUCAGCUGUGCCACAGAUCGCAUUUAUUUGAUAAAUAAAACGCAUUUUGUGCGCACUUUUACACAUUUACAACGACAAAUGCCGUGUUUUUUGUGCACUCAGCAUGUGGACGACGAUGUGGGCAACAUAGUGUUCACCUCCGAAGAGGCUAACUUAUUGGGCCUGCAAUCUAUCAUCGAGAAACAUUUCUGGCUUCGGAUUCAUGACUCAGGCAGCGGGUACGUGUGCGGCGCCUGUUGGGAGCAGCUGCUGCUCUUUCACAGUUUCUAUCUCAGCGUGGAGCAAGCCCACAAGGCGCUGGAGCAGACGACCCAUGUGACGUUGCCUUCUUUUCCCCCAGAAGUGGUUUCGGCAAUUCUGGGAGAAGGAGAAGGUGUGGUGAAGAGCGAGGAUGUUGAGAGCGUCGCGGCUACCGUCAAACGCCGCCGGGGACGUCCCCGCAAAACGGACGCAAAGGAAGCCAGCGAGGACCUUAAGACCGUAUUGGAGCAGAUCAAUCUAAACGAGAUCAAAAUUGAAUAUCCCGAGACUGAUCUGACCGUAGCCGAUGUCUUGGAAGACCAGAAAGAGCACGACUACGUGCCCAGCGAUUGCGGCAGUGAGCAAGAUGGUGUCGAAGACAUGGAGGAGGAGCAGCCGAAGCCGCCCAAGGUCUUGCGAAAGGCUCGAGGGCGUCCCAGAGGACGUGGACGUGGCCGUGGACGGGGAAAAGUGCGACUGGCUGAGCGACCAAAGAGAACCGGUGUGCCAAACAUGGAGAAAUCGAAGGAGUUCAACGAGUACAUUAGGGAGCACUUUAAGGUGCACUGCCCCGUCUGCAACUUGCCUAUGGAGGGCUUUUCGGAAAUGUUAGUGCAUGUGCGACGAGAGCACAACCAGCGUGGCUACUCCACAUGUUGCAACAUCAAGUUCUGGAAGCGGGGCGUCCUCGUCGAUCACUUGCGUCGUCACCAGGAUCCGGAACUCUUCAAGUGUACCAUCUGCUCUCGCGUUAUGGGCCAGCGCCGCAGUCUAGAGCUGCACAUGCGAAUGCACGAGGUUAAGGCGAAUGGACGCCUCUACCAGUGCGAACAUUGCUCCAAAAGCUUCUACAGUUCGGUGGUGUGCGAGCGACAUAAACUAACACACAUUCCCAGGGAUCUGUGGCAGAUCAAGUGCACACACUGCGAGAAGACUUUUCCCACUCAGUAUACGAUGAAGCAGCACGUGAAGCUGGUCCAUUUAAAUUUAUACGCCAGGAUCUGUGACGUUUGUGGAAAAUCCAUCCGUGGAAGGGAGGCCCUGGCCCGCCAUAUGGAGGAGCACACAGGAGUGCCACUAGCACCUAUCAGCUGUCAUCUUUGUGACUCAAAGCUGACCACCAAGUAUGGUCUGGCCCGGCAUAUAAAAAUGAUGCACACCGCCGAGAACCUUCAGCCGAUGCAGUGCGAGCACUGCCUCAAGAUUUCGCCCAGUCUGCAGGCGCACCAGCACCACAUAACGUACACCCACAACACAGCACGCACUCACCAGUGCCCGAUGUGCGAGAAGGCCUUCAAGCGACCCAACGAGUUGAAGGAGCACAUGACCACCCAUACCGGAGAGGUCCUAUACACCUGUCCCCACUGUCCGCAGACCUUCAACUCAAACGCGAAUAUGCAUGCCCAUCGAAAGAAGGUACAUCGCAAGGAAUGGGAGGAGAAUCGCCAAAGGCGUAAUCACCAGCCUCGAAAAACUGACACGAUCAUUGCCGUAAGCGUUCGCAAGACGACGGAGGCACGGCUCGAUGGAGAGGCAAAGGCUGCUCCAGCGAUAGCAGCAAGCCCUGGAGCUGAGUGCUAGCCCUUGGUGACCCUUUGACCUAAUAAAAACCAAAAUAAGACACCGCGGAUGUUGUUGUAAUAACUAAUUAAUUGAAAACCCCUGCUCAGAUGAAAUCAACCGCCCAUAACCGGUUUGUUCGACAGCAGGCCGAUCAUCGUGAACUGGUAUAACGGACAUCGGAGCCGGCGUUAUCAGCGAUUAAGGUCGAAUCUGGUAAUUUAUAAACGCAUAUAGCACAUGG